AUGGCCCCCGCCCCGCACCACGUCCUCCUCCUCGGCGGCCACGGCAAGAUCUCCCAGCUGCUCACCCCACUGCUGCUGCGCCGCGGCUGGGACGUUACUAGUGUCAUACGCGCCCCGGAACAAGUCGCCACUAUCGAGGGGCUGGCGAACGCUAGCCGUGGAGAUGGGGACGCUGUCGAGGGGAAGUUGAAUGUGCUGGUGCGGAGUUUGGAGGAGGUGGAGAGUGAGGGGGAGGCGAAGGAUGUGGUGCAGGAGGUGGGGGCGGAUUUCGUGGUUUGGAGUGCUGGUGCUGGUGGAAAAGGCGGACCUGACCGGACCAACGCCAUCGAUCGCGACGCCGCAACUCACUUCAUCCAUGCCUCCACCGCCACGCCGAAGGUGACGCGGUUCCUGAUGGUGUCGUAUCUCGCCUCGCGGCGCGCGCGGCCGGCCUGGUGGUCCGACGACGCCUGGGCCGCGGCGGAGCACGUCAACCAGCUCAUGCCGCAUUACUACCGCGCCAAGCUCGCCGCCGACGAGGCCUUGUACCUGGCUGCUAAGAACCGUCCCGGGUUUGCUGCUAUCAACCUCCGCCCCGGCACCCUCACCCUCGACCCUGCCGGCCCUGUGGAGCUAGGCAAGACGGUGCAAUCCAGGGGCAAUGUGAGCCGUGAGACCGUCGCUCGUGUGGCAGAUUUGUUGUUGGCGAGUGAAGGAGUAGGGAAUACGUGGCUGGAUUUGGUAGGUGGGGAAGAGGAUACGGAGAAGGCGGUGGAGAGGGUGGUGAGGGAGGGUGUGAAUGCCGCGGAGGGGGAGGAGAUCUUUUAG